ACUCGGCUGUUUUACGCCGGGGGGACACUGUUUCUCGCAACAUUCCCGCCAUCCGAACCUUUGCACACAAACAAUACUGUAUUGUUUGCAGGUUGUUAAAUGCGCCGUCCUCAUUUAAGGGCAAGAAGAUGACUACGCUCGUGAAGUUUCCGAGCCUUCUGCAUGCAAAAUCAUGCUUUUAUUACAACUGUCACCCCGGUGCCAUCCCGAAGUUCAUCUCGAAGAAAACAUUCUGGAGCCUCAGCUGCUCGCGUAACUCACUGAAGAAAAGUGUCGGCAGCCUUGUGUGCUGUCACGUCCAGACACCCAGAAGAAAUGCCUCGACGAGUCAGAAGACUGUCCGGGUCGGCUGCGCCUCUGGCUUUUGGGGGGACACGGCCACCGCAGUUCCACAGCUUGUGUAUGGAGGGAAGCUGGACUUUCUUGUAUUUGACUACCUGUCUGAGAUAACUAUGUCUCUGCUUGCAGCUGCUAAAUCCAGGUCAACGGACCUUGGAUACACACCGGAUUUUGUGCAUACAGCUAUGGCUCCUUACAUUAAAGACAUCCAUGAAAAAGGAAUCCGUGUGGUCAGUAAUGCAGGUGGUGUAAACCCCCAAGCUUGUGCUGCUGCUCUGCGGGAGGUAGUGAAGAAAGCCGGCCUCAGCAUGAAGAUUGCAGUCAUCACAGGAGAUGACAUGAUGGCCGAGAAAGAUUCACUUAAGGAGGCAGGAACUACGGAUAUGAACAGCAAUCGGAUAUUUCCAGAAAAUAUAACAAGCAUAAAUGCCUAUUUAGGUGCAUCACCUAUAAAGAGAGUCCUGGACCUCGGAGCCGAUAUUGUGGUGACCGGACGAUGUGUCGACAGUGGGUUAGUGCUGGGACCACUCAUGCAUUCGUUUGGCUGGAAACCACAACAAUAUGACCUUUUGGCAGCUGGCAGCCUUGCAGGACACUUGAUUGAGUGUGGAUCUCAAAGUACAGGAGGGAUAUUCACAGAUUGGCAUAAAGUGCCAGCCUGGGAUAAUAUAGGGUUCCCAAUUAUUGAAUGCUCGUCUGAUGGAACAUUCAUCUUGUCGAAGCCUCCAAAGACGGGUGGUCUUGUGUCAUUUGGCACUGUAGCAGAACAGUUGGUGUAUGAAAUUGGAGACCCAAGUUGUUAUCUUCUUCCUGAUGUCACGUGUGACUUUUCCCAGGCUACCAUUACUGAAAUUCCAGGUAUUGACGGUGGAGCUGUACGAGUACAGGGUGCAAGGGGUUCCUCUCCCUCAAACAGCUACAAGGUACCCAGUAAUACAGCACUCAAUUUGUGCCACCUAUAUGGAUGGAUACCGAGCCACAGCAGUGUGUCCUGUGGGUGGCCCGAGGUCGGUGGAAAAGGGAAGACGAACGGCAGAAAGUAUUUUAAAGAGAACACGGAGAAUAUUUAAGCAGCUUGGGCUUGAUGAUUUUACUGCUGUAAAUUUACAAGUGCUUGGCUCCGAAGAUACUUAUGGACCACAUGCAAAUACAAAAGAUUAUG